CUGAGGUCGGCUGACAGAUUACUUCUGGUCGUCCCUAAAUCGAGGUUGAAGCAGCGAGGAGACGGAGCCUUUGCUGUUGCAGCUCCAAAAUUAUGGAACGAAUUGCCCCUCCAGGAUGACACCAAGAACAAGGACAGCAAAUCCACAGGGAACACAAAGAAGGAAAACCAGCGAGGAGCAAACUAUCACAAAAAGGCGGGAUAGCUCUGAAGUGAAACAAGACACAGCAAGGAGAGGGUUUUACGAAAUAUAGCACAAAACCAAAAAUGCAAGAAAACAGAUCCUAACAUGAAAAAGGGAAAUGGUCAGUGAGGGACCCUCAUAUGAAGAAAAGCUUCUCCGCCAUCAGCUCUGAGACGGGACGUCCUUCAGGAUGCCUGGAACCAUCAGAUCAGUGUCUCUUGUGUGGGUGGUUUUGUUGGUGUGUCUGUCCAGCAGACGGACCAGCGUGGGUGCAGCACCCAUCUGUACAAAUGGCCAGGUUGGAUGCCACGUCCUCUCUCUGGAUAACCUGUUUGACCGGGUCAUCCAACACUCAGCCAGGAUGCACGGCAUUUCAAGUGACCUUCACUCCGAGUUUGAGCAGUACUUCCUGCCCAGUAAGAAUCAAAUUGGCCGUGUGGGUCGCAUCUGUCACACCUCUACCAUCAUCACGCCAAAUGGCAAGGAGAACGCUCAGAGAAUGGCGAGAGAGCAGCUGACGGAGGUGAUUCUGAAGCUCCUGAUUGCAUGGAGGGAUCCUUUGUGGCAUUUCCAUCAGAGCAUGGCUCACCACCACGACUUCAACAACUUCAGCUCCAACAAAGCUCUCGAGAUGAAUGACAUGGUGCAUGAGCUACGCCAAGGUGUGGAGAAAGUGGCCGAGAAGAUGCAGGUGCUGGGGAUAAUUAGUAACUCUGUCACCAGCCUGGCUUCUCCCGAGGUUUUGUUGCCAUCGGACAGUGCCGAUUGGCGGCUGAUGAAAGACUAUGACCUGCUCUACUGCUUUCGCCGAGACUCCAACAAGGUCCAGAACUACCUGAAGAUCCUCAAGUGUCGCAUAGUUCCCAAUCAUGGUUGCUAGGAGGCUGGGAAAACAAUGUGUUUAACUUCAGGAAUAUCAACACGUUUGAAUGGAUAUGCUUGUUUUUUAUCUGCAGAAUGUUUACUGAUGUUCACGCCUAUUAUUAAACUGAGACCUAAAGACUCUGCCCGCCCUCCACUUCAUGCCUGGUAUUGUUAUUUGAGUUAUGUAUGGACAGGAUGGAAUGGAUGUUAU